AUGACAGUUAAAAUUAUUUGUCAACACUGUCGAUAAAAGUUUCAGUAAUCGCGGCACGCAUGCUUGUUCACAUCAGUUGUUGUGUGUCACACGGAGACUAUGGCACAAUCUAACCCUUCUUUGUAUCGCUGGAAGAGAUUGACCGCUCCUAAGCCAUCGACUACAACGUCUAAGAAAGUGACCAAUAAUGAUGACAUCCAAGACUGGAUCAAGAAAGUACAAGAGGCAUCAGAUAGAGCAGCAGCAGUCACCUUUGGCCAUCGUUACACUGGUGGGAGCCAUGGUAACAGUAUGUCUACUGCCAUGGCAACAGUUGAUGCACUACAUGAUCAUGAUGAAGCUUACACUGAAGCUCAAGAUUUAUUGAAUCAUGGAUGAGUGAUAAGUGUAUCCUUGACGAUGAUGCAGAGGAAGAAUAUGACUAUGAUUCCCCAUCACCUAGGAGACAACCUCCCACAAAGAGUGAAGUGAAAAGACAUUGGGAUAAUUUAUUAGAAGUUGAGGACCCAGGGUUUGCUUAUCCAUAUACGGGAGUCUCUCCGAUGCUGUGGCCCGGGAAAUUGAAGAACGAGAUGAUGAUGCAUUUGUAGAUAAUAUAUUACAAGGCUUAAUGGAUAAACCAGUCAUUGAAGAAGAUUUCUAUCAAGAUUUAGGAUUAGAUGAUUCUAAGAAGAAAAAAGGAAGAGAUCCUACAGUAUCUAUGCAUGUCAGGCAUCAAAAGGUUAAAGAAAAUCGAGAAAGAAGAACAAAAGAAAGAGAAAAACAGCUCAGAGAAAAACAGAGACAAAAAGAUGCUCACUAUCAGGCUCAGCAAAUUGUGUUGAAAGAAGAACGAGACAAAGCACUGAAGAACAAGAAAGAAGACUCUCUUAUUCAACAGGAGAUGACCAAAAUAAGAAAAGAAAUGGAAGAACAGAGACAACUAACAGAGGAAGCAAAACGAAGGGAGCGAGAGAGUAAAGAAGCAGAGAGAGAAAAGAUGAGAUUAAAACGUGAAAGACAACAGAUGGAUAUGGAAAUGAAACGGAUACAGUCACAAAGAAUGGCAGAAAAAGAACACACUGAAAUGAAAAUCAGACUCGAAGAAUUAAAGGCACAGAAAGCAGCAGAAGACAUAAAGUCCUUGCAAAGACAUUUCUCAGCCUGGUAUAAAUUAAUUGUCAAUAGAAGACUACAGAUGGGUAAGGCAAGGGCACUAGGAGAUUGGCGAUGUCUUGUCAGAUCCUGGAAUGGGUGGAGGGCUUAUGUUAGGCAUAAACAGAUGAAACGAGAAGAACGGGAAACACAUCUAUAUCUUCAACAGUCUCAUAGGAAUAAUAUACUAUCAGUUGAACACUACCGACACAAUGUUUUGAAGAAAUGCUUUUCAGCUUGGCAGCUGUUUGUACUUCAAGAGAGGCAGGACAGGGAGUUAACAGAAAGAAAACAUGAAACAAGGAACAAAAUGGAUGCAUUUCUAGCAGCAGCAGCCUCUGGGAAACUAUGGUCUAAUAGGGGUGAUGGAGACAAACUGGUUGUGGAUGAUGUUGAAACAAAUAACAGUGCUUCUCAUAGGCCAGAUUCAACAAGGCGAAAACUUGAUGCAUUGUUUGAUCAGCCUGUACGAAAACCUCAGUCACAUUCCAUUCCAAGUACUUCCAGGAGUGACCUCUCCAUUCCAGACUCUCAUCCAAGAAGAUCUCAGUCAGAUACCGCCUUAUCAACAAGAUCGGAUAACAGUGGGAGUAGCAGUAGUACCUCGAAUAAUACCAAGAAGAAAAUAAAAUCUGAAACCAACUUUGUCAAAAGUAUGGAAGAAAGAGCUGCACGAAUAGCACAGAGGAAAACUGAAGCUGAGAGAAGAAAAAGGCAGAGAGAGGAUGAAAAACUGGCUAGAAUAAGAGAGGAAGAGGCAAAGAGACUUGCUGAAGAGGAAGAAGAAAGGAAAACUAAAUUAGAAAGAAUUAGAGAAGAAAGACGCUUAGCAAAACAGAGAGAACUUGAAAAACAACAGCGACUUGAAUACAUCAAUAGACAAAAUAACAAAGCAGAUGAACACUAUAGACAAACACUAUUACGCAACAAAGGAAUAAAACCCUGGAUAAAAUUAAUAAAUAUUUCAAAACAAAACAUGCAAGUUGCUGUUGAUCAUUGUAAUACACAGUUACUAUGUCGAUGUUUUAUGCCAUGGAAGGACAUUGCACAGGAGAUAGUAAGAGAGAAAGAAAUGAUGGCUGAUGAAUUAUAUAAAUAUAUACUCGCUAGAAGGGCGUUUUCUUCCUGGAGAAAAUACGGUCAUCUACAGUCCAUUCAACUGCAGAAAGCAAGAAGACAUUUUGCAUACACAGCUACAGUCAAAUACUUUAAAUUAUGGCAGGAUUUUGUAACUGAGGAGAGAGUAGAAUUCAUGAGAAAAGACGAGAUGGCCAUGGACCACAGUGAAUAUCGAAUAAUGAAGACUGCAUUCAUAACAUGGAGAGAAUAUCCCAAAACCAUCAAAUUGCUGAGAGAGAAGGAAAAACGGAGAUCAGAAAUGAGGAAGAAAGUCCAAUCCCUGUUACCAGACUUUGGUUCAUGAAUACGUUAAUUAGUCCUCGUCAUUUUAAAAUUGGGGACUUAGGGAUUGACCUGUUUAUCAAAACUUUUAUUGCUAAAAAUGUAUUUUAGAUCAGAUUUAAAAUGCCUGAAUGCAAAUACUGUAAAUAUGCAUAAAUACAUGUACAUGUUAUCAUACAUAAAGUUAUAGUACCAAAUGUAUAUUGACAACAGUGAUGAUGGGUUCCUAGCAACCAAGUUAAAAACAUAAUUUUUUCUCAUAUUUUUACCUCUGCUAUCAUCAAAAAUUGAUUAUUGUGCACAAUUGUGCUUUGGGG